GUCAUACCCUCUUGGUGUCUCGAAGAGGUUCCCAUGAGUUAUACGUCACUUGCUCUGUCACCUCUUGGUCAAGUCACUGGUUACUCUUGAUUGUGCACCGCGCGCAACUUACUUUGACGUCACUGGCCUGCGAGGAUAAGCAUUUGUGUUGCAUUUGACCGGGAAAGACAAAAGGGAAAAGAAAAAAAACGGUUAUAAGCUUGGUUGUUGACACGGUUUCUGUGAUUGCGCCUGGCGACAAGAAGCUUCCUGUGUUGGACAACUAUAAAUUGUCGAAACGCGGUGUGCUGUGAAAGCAAGCUCUUCUACACCAACACAACCUUUCCGCGCUACGGUCGCGUUACUUCCCGAUCGAUUUUUCUUAUCUUCUUUGUUACUCCGAUUAGCGAUCUACGCAGCAUGAAAUUCGGAAGAAACCUACCGCGCAACCAGGUCCCCGAGUGGGCGGGCUCGUAUAUCAACUACAAGGGCCUCAAGAAGCUUGUAAAAGCAGCAGCAGAGAAAGCAAGGAAUGGAGAAAAGGUGGAUCCUGCAGGUGGGCGGCUUUGACGACUCUUGGUGUCGCACACUGAGCCUCUCCCCUAACCCUCGAUGCAGAAUUCUUUUUCGCGCUUGAUCGAAACCUCGAAGAUGUCGACUUUUUCUACAACAAGAAAUACGCAGAAUUUUGUCGCCGUCUGAACCUCCUCCAGAACCGAUAUGGACGAACCGUCGAUGUAGUCGCUACCCUGGAUCAGGAUGAAGUGGAGGAAGUUAUGGGAGCUCUGCUUGAGCUGAGAAGCCAGUUCAGAAAUUUGCAAUGGUUUGGUGAGAUUAACCACAAGGGCUUCGUCAAGAUCACAAAGAAGCUCGACAAGAAGGUUCCGGACCUUGUCACACAGGGUCCUUAUAUUGAUACCAAGGUCAAGGUUAAGCCCUUCGCCAAACAAGCAAACACAACAAGACUUCUUGAUGAGAUUAACAAGUGGAUGUCUGUGCUGUCGGAAGCCCAGACUUUCGAUGAUACAAUGUCUGAGCACUCGACUCGCUCCCUGGGUCGUGCUUCAGCUAAGGGUAUGCUGAGCCUACCUCAAGCUCAGCUCGAUGCUCUUGACCAGGCUGUACGCAACGACGAUGUUCCUGCCCUCGAGGCUGGCCUCAAAACGAGCAAUGUCAUCGAAGAAGGCGCCCAGCCGCUAAUGCUGGGUCUCUUACAGCGAUCUAUUUCCUCGCGUUCGAAAACAUGCCUGGCGUUUCUGCUAAGCAACCUCAAAAGUCUGGACGAGCCAGAUGAUAUCAACGCUCGUAACUGUAUUCAUCGUCUGGUGAUUCACAUUGGCCGGACAAAAUCUGUUCCCGAAGGAGAGCAGGACUCAAAAUCUCGACCCGUCCCUGCAGGGUCACAAUUCAGUAACAAGCACCUCGAGCCUGGUCUGGCAACAUCUAAGGCGCCCAAGUCACUGAACCAGAAGGAGUCUCUACUUUUGACCAAGGAUGACGAGGCUGUCCAACUAUUUAUCUUUUUGCUUGAGCAACUGCGCCCAGAGCAGAGGGUUGCGCUCAAGAGCCGUGACUCCUUCGGGCGCAUGCCGCUCCAUUACGCAGCUCAGUUUGGCAUUGUGGUCGUGUGUCAAAUCAUUAUGUCCAAGAUGCAGCAAUGGGACCAAUUCCACGUCAAGGAUGGAAUUGAUACACCUGAGUGGCAGGAUAACGAUGGUUAUGCACCCCUCCAUCUCAGCGUUGUUGGGGGCCAUCCAUUGACCACUCAAGCUCUGCUGCAGGGCGAGAAUUGGGAGGGAAGCAGCCCGUACAAAGCCGAAAUUCGAAAGUCUAUCUCCAAAUCGGGUGCUGUGCUAGCCAUCGCUACCAAGUCCAACUACAGUGUUAUCGUACAGCUUCUGAUUGAUGCCGGCGUUGAUAUUAACUGGAGGGACAAGACAGACGAGACUGCCCUUCACGUCGCAGCUAGAUUCGGGCAUGAAGAGUGUGCUCGGAUUAUCCUGAAAGGAACUGCGGAUCAAAAGGCGGAUCUCGAAGCUACAGAGAGCACCUACUCAUGGACUCCUCUUCAUGUUGCCGCUGUGGAUGGCAAGUACAACGUUGCAGAACUUCUGGUAGAAGCUGGAGCGGACAUCACCCGCCUUGAUUCAUCAGGCUGGACGGCGAGAGAGCAUGCUGCGCUGAGAGGUCAUAUGGACAUUGCGCGACUGCUCGAGACCAACGAUGUUGAGAUCGAAUCGCCCCCAACCCGACCUGUCGACACAUUGCAGCCAACUCCCUCGGACAUGUCAUCUAUCGGCGAACGUCGCUCGAAUGGUAACGGAAUCAACAAUGGCUCGCGUGCUCCUGAUGCUGCUAUCAAGAGCUUCGGUCAUCGAUACUUGACCAAUGAGAGCCUUGUACUUGUCAGUCUGGGAUCGAUGGACAUGCGAAAGAACAUUGAACCGGUCAGUUUGGAUCGUGUUCCACUUACCGAAGCUCAUAACACACAACUUGACACCGCUCUAUCGAUCGUUGUAUCUGCUACUGGUGCCAGUGGUGAGCCCACCAUCAUCGAUCUCCCGGUGCAUGACAGCAUUGCCACUGAACCUGUCGUUUUCACGACAACAGAUGCGGGCAAGGUGAAGCUCCUUUUCGAUAUCGUCCCGACUUACUCGGGCAACGACAAGCACAAGGUUGGGCGCGCCGUGGCGCUCUUGUCUUCUGUCAGACAAACACUGGGAUCUAGCCGCAUGAACCUGCAGGGAGAUGUUUGUGUUCCCAUCAUGUCAAGCAGCUUCGAUGUCAUUGGAACCGUCAACUUCAACUUCUUGGUCAUCACCCCUUUCCACCACCCCAAUAUGGAAAUCACAUCGAGACAGACGUACUGGAAGAAGCUGGAGUCAACCAUGGUGAUUGGUCACCGCGGACUCGGCAAGAACUUGACAAGUAACAGGUCUCUCCAGCUGGGAGAGAAUACUCUGCCGUCCUUCAUUGCUGCGGCUAAUCUUGGAGCUCAAUAUGUCGAGUUUGAUGUUCAACUGACCAAGGACCAUGUUCCGGUCAUCUAUCACGACUUCCUCGUCAGUGAGACAGGUAUUGAUGCACCAGUCCAUACCUUGACACUGGAGCAAUUCUUGCACAUCAACCCCGACAAGAAUCGAGAUUCCAAGCAACAAUCAAGAAAGAAGCCUGCACCCACGGGCGAGCCAGGUGAUUUCCGGGCUCGUAGCAACAGCCUAACACCAAAACGCUCGCAAUCUAUGGGGUUCGCUGGUAGUGGACCUGAUGAGUUGGAUGAACGCAUGAAACACACAAAGGACUUCAAGGAUAAGGGCUUCAAGGGCAACACGAGAGGAAACUUUAUUCAAGCUCCUUUCGCCACUCUUGAGGAGCUCUUCCGAGAACUUCCUCAAGAAACUGGCUUCAAUAUCGAGAUGAAGUACCCUAUGCUUCACGAGAGUGAAGAGCAUGAGAUGGACACAUAUGCAGUAGAGCUCAACUCAUUCUGCGACACAGUACUCUCCAAGGUCUACGACCUUGCUGGAGAACGUCACAUCAUCUUCAGCUCUUUCAACCCCGACAUCUGCCUUUGUCUAAGUUAUAAGCAGCCUUCCAUCCCCAUCCUUUUCUUGACAGACGCAGGCUGCUGUGAAGUCUGUGAUAUACGCGCAUCAUCCUUACAGGAGGCCAUUCGAUUCGCGAGACGCUGGAACCUGUUGGGUAUUGUUGCUGCCGCAGAGCCUUUCGUCAACAGCCCUCGCCUCAUCAAGAUCGUCAAAGAGAACGGAAUCGUCUGCUUCAGCUACGGCACACUAAAUAACGAUCCUGAGAUGGUUCGGGUAAGUCUAAGCACACACAGAAAGAUGUAUGUCGAUUUUGCUAACCGUCAUUGCAGCGUCAAGUCAAGCAAGGCAUCGAUGCAGUCAUCGUCGACAGUGUCCUUGCCAUCAGAAAGGGGUUGACAAGCGGGGAAACGCCCACUGAGCCCGUCAACGGCGAGAAUGGAACAAAUGGUACCCUCAAGCCGGAUCACGAGCUCAAGGAGAAGUUGGACGAGUUGACGAUCAAUGGUGGCGGCCCUUGAGGACAACAGAACCGAGAGUAAGCGCUGCUAGAUGGAUAGAUAGAAAGAAGUGAGACGAACACGGCCUUCAACAGUUGGCUCCCACAGAAAGACAGAUAGAUUCGCUCAACCCUUUUCGGGAGUGAGCUCGCAAAUGGCAUCUCUAUGACACUAUGGCCACGAGUAAUACCCCUAUCAUCAUUUCGAGAUGACAUUUGACGCCUACCAUUCGUCCAUGAACAAGAGGCAUGUUUGGUUAACAGGUAUUGACCAAGUUUUGACGUAAAAGAGUAAUCAAUGUGUAACUGCCGCCUAUGCA